UCCACCGGCACUAGGAGCGGAGUGCCAAAGGGCGACCCAGGCGAUUUCCUUGCUCGCCGUUGCCCACAGAGAAACGGGGGCGAAAGCGGGAAGGGGCGUCAGGUGCACUUAGCGAGAUACGCCAACGAUGAUCAUGAGAACGGGCUGCAACAAAUUUAUGAAGUUAGGAGGUUUUAUCUUGGCAUCAGUCUGUGCCUGGUACUUGGGAUCCAUAUUGGCAUAUAUGAUACCUGAAGACUCACUGAUAUCAACUUUUGACAAUUUUCAGAACCUUGCAGAAAAACCAAAAAUUAAAGCGCCACUCCCCAAAAGGCUGAAAUGUGACCACUGGUCUCCAUGUCGGCCUGGAAGCUAUGCUUUUCGCAUACUCAGUGGUGGCGGCAGAGAGAGGCUUGCAAAAAUCUGUUUUGAAGAUGAGCUACUCAUAAGUGAAGGGAAAAAAAAUGUUGGAAGAGGAAUCAAUGUCGCCAUUGUGAACUAUGACACUGGGAAACUCAUUGCUACAAAAUAUUUUGACCUGUGGGAAGGAGAAUACUCUGGAGCAAUGACUGAUUUUGUCAAAAAGGCCCCCCACAGAUCACUACUCCUUAUGGUGACCCAUGAUGAUGGAAGCAAGAGAUUGAAGGAGGAUGGGAAGAAGGCAAUAGCAGAACUCGGAAGUAAAGAAAUACAGAACUUGAGAUUCAGGUCAAGCUGGGUCUUUCUAGCUGCAAAAGGUUUUAAACUGCCAGAAGACAUAGAAAGGGAAAAGAUCAACCAUUCUGACCAGAGUAAGAACCGAUAUAACGGCUGGCCAGCAGAAAUCCAGAUAGAAGGCUGUAUUCCAAAAGACCUAACAAGCUGAAUUCUACAAUUAAAUUAUUUCGGCGAAGUAGCUCAUGCCAUUUCCACCACAUCACUCAUAAGGAAUUGUUUGCCAUAGGUUGGAAAGGGGUAAAAUGUUCAUGAUUUUACUUUAGGCAAAAUUAGUUUGAGACAUCAAGUCCAGUGGCACAGUAGUCUGUAGUCAGUUCUUCUCAUUUAUGGAACAUGAGUAAUUAGAGAGAUGUUUUUUUGUUAAAGUUUUAUACUGUGUACUAGGAAGAAUCAGUUGUUUUUACCUGUCACAGGAUUAUUGCAAGCAGGAAAAUGCCCUACAUGUGUGUUUGUGUAUUAUCACGGUUCUGUGAGAGUACUUGAUACAGCUGAAAAACCAAAUCUAACAAACAAAGAUUAAAUUGGGAAUGAAGCCUAUAAAAUAAUCCUGGGCUCAUCUCCUUACUGCCCCUUUCCUUCCUUUCACUAAAACACUUUUCAUCCAAAUGUAGUCAUGAAGCUAGUAGUUUCAUGGUUCCUGACUUUAUACUUGAAUGUUCUAAGUAUUUAUUAUGUUGAUUA